AGGGGAGAUGCGCGUCGAAAAAGCGAGUUUUUCGCGCAACUUUUUAGUUUUGAGUUUUUGCCCGUAAAAAUAUCCUUGGACAUUCAGUUACAACUUCCCAAAAGAUCAUGCGAAAAUUCGAACGCCAAAUUAGUAAAAAGUUUAUUUUAUUCAACUACGGUUGCUCGAGAAAGUGCUAUUUUCCGCGCACAUCGUCAAUCUUCGAGCGUCUGCAUCUCGAGAAUGCGUCGCUGUCCGCCAUUGCCGUUUGGUUGGGGAGGUUGAGUAAGCCUUUUUCUUACAGACAGCCCCUCCCGCAGUUUCGCAUUUUGGCUGAAAAUAAUGAAAAAGUCGUGUUUUUUGCGCCCGUUUCGAGCGUUGCUACUGGACCUUUAAAUCACGUGGUGCUCUAGCGAGGCCACCAUUGGCCGAGACUGAUGCGUUUCUGCGGCGAAGCCUACCUCCUGCUCUCGGAUUUUACGGCAUCUCGAUCAACCUCUCUGGCCUUUUUGUUUUUGUUGAUUGAAUUCACAAUGAACGACCCGACAAAGCGUGACUUCCGAGCUCGGAAGUCUCGGACGAAAAAUAAGUACCGAGGACGCCGUCGCAAACCUCAACGGAAAACGACAGCGGAAAGCACUCGCCCGACCAGCGCUGGCCCGCCGCCGCCAGCUAGGCCUAACGAGGGCGACGGCCACUCGGACGAAAUCGACGCCGCGGUGAACUUUGUCAGCGCUUCAGAGGUGAAGAUUGGACUGUUCGAGAAAGAUAGAGCAGCAAGCGGUCGGGAUUCCACGAGUAGUACUGCGAUAUGCGACAUCAGCGCGCUUACGGUGCUGGUAAGCGGUGCUGCUUGCCCAAUGUGCUACACCAGUACCCUUGCGGUACGCGAAGCGACCGAAAAACGAAAGGGCCUUUCGUCUUUUCUUGAGCUGCAUUGUGCGAAUACCGAGUGCCCUGCAUCGGUACUCUCUGCUGUGCACACCUCGAGCCGUGUUGUGCCUGGUGAACUUGCGGAUGGCGCCAGCGGAAGCCGAGACUAUCAGAGUGGGAGCUCCCGCGACAGCUUUGCCGUGAACAUCAAGGCGGUGGUGGCAGCGCGCGCGAUUGGCAUCGGGCACGAACAGCUCUCGCGUUUUUGUGCCGUUCUUGGCUUGCCGGUGCCAUUACAUCAUAAGAACUUUGCAGCGAUCGGCAAAAAAGUUCAUGUUGCGGCCAUGAAAGCCGUGGCAGAAAACAUGGAGAAAGCUAGAGUUUUCACGAAGGAGAUGGUGGAUGACAGCGAUGUUGGCGUUAUGUUCGACGGGACGUGGCAAAAGCGGGGCCACAAAAGCCAUAACGGCGUUGGCGCAGCUGUGUCUGUAGACACUGGCUUGUGCCUCGAUUUCGAGGUACUUUCCAACUUCUGCCUUGCGUGCAGUCGGCACCAAGACCUCGGGAGUGAAGAAGAGGAAGUGUGGCAAGCGUUUCAUGGCCCUGUUUGUGAGAAGAAUACAGAAUGCUCCUCUCAUGCAAUGGAAACAGAGGCAGCAGUGCGCAUAUGGACGCGGACCCCCUCACAGGAGACACCAUUGCGCUUCACCAAGUUUCUAAGCGACGGGGACAGUAAAGCUUUUAGUGCAGUCUCCGAGGCAAAAGUGUAUGGCGAAACAUCUGUCACGAAGGAAGACUGCACAAACCAUGUGGCCAAGCGCCUAGGAACUGCACUUCGUAAGCUCAAGACCCCUCUUCCACGUGGUGAGAAGUUGAAGGAUGGGCAGAUUCAAAAGUUGCAAAACUACUACCGGAUAGCGAUCACCAGCAACAGGGGCAACGUCAGGAAAAUGUAUUGUGCCAUUUGGGCGUCCUACUUUCACUCGUGUUCCACAAAUGCUGCCAAGAGCCACAAGUUCUGCCCCGAAGGAGUGGAAUCAUGGUGUAAGCACCGGCGGGCCGAAGCACUCGGAGAGCCCGCACCAGACCACACUCCCCUUCUGACAAAGGCACAGGGGCUGGCUCUGCUGCCUAUAUACAGGCGUCUCACAGAAGAAAAGCUGCUCACCCGCUGCUUGCAAGGGAAAACACAAAACGCAGCGGAGUCUUUGAAUAGCAAAAUCUGGCUGCUAUGCCCGAAGACAAAGUUUGCCUCCAGGACUGUUGUGGAAACGGCAACUGCCAUUGCUGUUUUGUGGUAUAACAGGGGGCAUGGAAGCUUUGAGCAAGUGCUUCAGGAGCUUGGCGUACUGCCAUCAGAAGAGCUUGUCGCCCUGGGCAGCUCCCGUGACCAGAGGAGAAUAAAAAAAAUGUCAGCCCGCCAAACCGCUGAAGCCCGAGCACAUCGCCGUAAUAUGGUGAAGAGAGCACGUCUCACAGACUCCACUCGGGAAGAUCUUGAGGGGCCAACGUAUGCGCCAGGAGAGUUCUAA